CCGGUCCCCCCCGGCUCAGGGCUUUUGUUCCGCCGACAGCUGCUGGAGCCGCGACAGAGGCGGCCCCGCCGGCCUUCUGAAGGCGACCGCGACCCAACGCCAGCCUCUGCGUUGCCCGCAGUGCCCUGUCGCGACAUGUCGUGCCCUGCCCUGUCAUGUCGCGCCCUGCCCUGUCACGGCCCCGUGACGGCCAACCCCACGGCGCCCCGUGUCGCGGGCUGCUUGCCCCUCCUCUCUCCCGCCCCGCAGGGCCCUAUCGCGACAUGCGCCGUCACCGCGGGGCCCUAUCGCGACACGUGCUGUCACUGCGGGGCCCUAUCGUAACCAGGCCUGGCGCGACUGGGCGACACCGGGCCGCGCCGGUACCCCCGUGCCGUGCAGCAGAGCCCCGCGGGGCCGCUCCCGGUGUCCCCCCCGCGCUGCCGGUGCCGCUCCGACCUUUCUUCACCUUCAGCUGCAUCUCGGGCUCCUCCAUGCCGCUCCCGCCGCUUCCUCUUCCGCCGGUGCCGCCGCUCCCCGCCCCGGCCGGGAACCGAGCCCCCGGCACAAGCGUUCCGCCUCGCUCCCCCCCAACCCAAAACCCGGGGUUCCCCCCCCCAAAAAAAAAAACAAACAAACUGGGGUCCUCCCAAAAAAAAGACUUGGGGUCUUUCCCCCAAAAUCUGGGUCCCCCCCAGCCGUUAGCGGAGCCCCGGACCGCGGCCCCGAGCAGUUCCCCUAUGGAAGGCGAAGAAGCAGCCGCUCGUCUCAUGGAGGCUCCCCUGAGUGAUGAGGACGCCCAAGAGCUUCCAGAAGAGGGUGAGAAUGGAGCUGAAGGAGCAGUGGCCGCGGAGGAGCUGACUGGGACUGGGGACACAGAGGAUGGGGGUGUCCCCAUGGGGCUCCUGCGGCCAGAAAGGGACAUGUUGUGCUCCAGCUCUGUGGACGGUGGAGCAAACGCUCUUCUGAAGCCCUCAACUGCCUCGAUGGACAGGCAGAGGAGCACUGAGCUCUCAGCCCUUAACAGCUUCCCCCUGAAGCACUCGAACACGCUGACGAACAGGCAGCGCGGCAAUGAGGUCUCGGCCCUCCCAGCCACGCUGGACACGCUGUCCGUUCACCAGCUAGCUGCCCAAGGUGAGCUCAGCCAGCUGAAGGAGCAUCUUCGGAAAGGUGAGAACUUGGUAAAUAAACGUGACGAGAGAGGUUUCACGCCACUGAUCUGGGCUGCAGCCUUUGGAGAGAUCGAAACGGUCCGUCACCUGCUGGAAUGGGGUGCUGACCCCCACGCGCUGGCGAAGGAGCGGGAGAGCGCCCUGUCCCUGGCCAGCAUGGGCGGCUACACCGACAUCGUCAUCAUGCUGCUGGAGAGGAACGCGGACAUCAACAUCUACGACUGGAACGGCGGCACUCCUCUGCUCUACGCCGUGCGCGGCAAUCACGUCAAGUGUGUGGAGGCCCUACUAGCUCGCGGUGCCGACCUGACGACAGAAGCAGAUUCUGGCUACACCCCGAUGGACCUGGCCGUGGCCCUGGGACACAAGAAAGUCCAACAGGUUAUUGAAAAUCACAUCCUCAAGCUAUUCCAGAACAAAGGGUUGGAGUGACAGUGGUUCACGCUGCACCGCUGCAGCACCAGCGCUUCUGGCCGACGCAGGGCUCUCCUCUGGGACCAACGUGGCCUGACCCAGCGGUCCCAAAACGGGCAGCAGCACCACAAUGCUUUGAGCAAGGAGCACGUGGAGGAAGCUGUGAACCAACCGCCUGGCCUCGGCGGAUUUAUGCCACUCCGGGAAGGUGGCACGGCCUCGGUGCCUCGCACCCGGGGACACUCACUCCUCAGGGCAGCUGCAUUUCUGCUCCCUCUGGGCUCGGCUGCUUCGUGCGUGCAUUCAAGUAUUGCAUUCUUCGGAAGUAAACUCUAAAAGCAG